UUCAGACCAGGACCAAGCAGAACCUCCACAGAUUAAAGAGGAAGACGAGGAGAGUCCUAUCCAACAGGAUGAAGAGCAGGAGACUGAGGACAGAAACUACUGGGACCAGAUCCAGUCUCAGCAGUCCUCUGAAGCUGACCAGGAAGGARGCAGAGAUGAAGACCUGAAACUAAACAAGGGAAGUCCACAGACCAGGGGUCCCAGAGGUCCCAGUGGUCCCAAUGAGCAUGUAGACAGUCCAGAACCUGACAGAACUCACCCAGGUCACAAUCUGCUCUCUUGUGGGAUAGAUGCUAAUCUGUCUGGUCAAACACACACAGGUGAGGUUUUCACAUGUCACACCUGUGGGAAAAGUUUUAGUCAUAAAUGUUAUUUAAUCUCACAUGUGAGGACUCACAGCGGCGAGAAGCCUUUCUCCUGUCAGAGCUGURGGAAAAGUUACAACUGUAAAAACAGUUUAAAAAAGCACAUGAGAACUCACACAGGUGAGAAACCGUACUCAUGUGAAAUAUGUGGUAAAUGUUUCUUAUACAGUAAUCAGGUCACUGAUCACAUGAGGACUCACACAGGUGAGAAACCUUUCCCCUGUCAGACCUGUGGAAAAAGUUUUAGUCACAAACAUAAUUUAAUGGCACACAUGAGGACUCACACCGGGGAGAAACCUUUCUCCUGUCAGAUCUGUGGAAAAAGUUUUAGUAAAAACAGCAAUUUAAUCACGCAUGUAAGAACUCACACAGGUGAGAAGCCCUUCUCCUGUCAGACCUGUGGGAAACGUUUUAAUCACAGAGUCAGUUUAAAGUCUCACAUGAAAUGUCACACAGGUGAGAAGGUCUGAUCUUAAGACCCUUAUGCUGCAUUCACACUGAACACGUUUUCAGCGUUUAAAAUUAGGGAUGUAAACAAUUAAUCAACUUACGAUUAAUUGUCAGAUUGGAUUAUUGGUUUAUUGGAUUAAAAUUCCUUCAAUUCGA